GCGGAUCAAUAAACCGGAACUCUACUUUCUAUCCGGAACGAUAUGCAGUCGGUGAGUGUGUUCGUGGCGAUAAUAAAGUUUUCCAAACUGCGGAAUACCACGGAACCUAUUCACCAAACCACAACUAUGCAACAGUUUAUGGUUCCCGGACUACUAAGAUCAAGGUUCGAUGGAUUACGCGCAAUAGACCGGUUUCUGAUCAAACUCCCGAUACCCCUCCACCGCCCACAGAAAUUUAUGACUUGGACAACGUUAUAGUAUUUGAGAGUAUGAAUGAACAUGCUACUCUUGAGAUUGCCGACAGGGUAACAUUUAAAGAUGCGGGCGCGUAUAGUAACGUGUCGCACGAGGAUUUUUGCAUGGAACCUCCGUAUUUUG